AUAAUAAUAUAUAUAUACUACAUCGUAACGGUUCGCUGCGAUAAAUAACAAAAUUUACGCGCAUAUGUUUUUUAGCCAUUUUUAUUUUCUCAUGUUAUCCUAAUGAAUGUAUUGCGUGUUAUUGUAGCAUAAAUACAAUUUUUCUAUAAUGAGCGAAUUUAAGCAAUGCAGUUUCUCCUGCUAUUUUUCCUGUUAAAUUUUUUCCUUAUUUAUAAUUCCCUUUAUGUAUAAUUUAUUUGGUUUAGAAUUUGAUCUACUUCUAACCUUGUACGGAUAUGCAAAAUGGUAGAGGUAACUUUUAGCAAGUUGAGUGAGGAUACAUAUCUGGAAUCGGCAAAAAAUGCAGUGCUAAGUUUUAGGAGGGAAAAUGAGAAUGCCUCAAAAACGGGGGGAAUCAUCCGUGAUAAAAUAGGCAGCUUUACCCUUUUUAAAGUUCUUAUGUUUUUCCUUCUAAUAUGGAUAAUACGGUGUUCCGGCGAGGACGCGAUUCAUGAAGUUAAGAGUGAUAGGGGAAUCCCACAAUGCUUAUACGGCUACAGAUUAUUAGCAGAAUCGGAAGUGCAAUUCGAUGCGAUAUUCGAUUUAUAUAAGAAAAACUUUUUAAAUAAAAUGGGAUAUACUGAUGAGGAUUCAGAAAGAAUCAAAACGACUGUGAAGUCACAUUUAGAUCAAACAAAAGGUAUGGACACAGAUCAACAGCGCAGAAAAAAAUUAGAAGCUUGCGAGCAUAUUAUAAAACAGGGUAGUGACAAUAAUAUUUCGAAGUUUUCCAACAAUUUCAGAGUAUUAUCUUCUCCUUAUUUUCUUGUCUUGAGUUCAUUCAUAUUGUUUUCUAAUGGAUAUUACAGGUUUUUUUUAGCUCUAAUGGGCAUACUAAUUUUAAAAUUUGUAAACUUCUUUUGGGAUUUAAAAUAUGUCAUUUCAAGAAUGGCGGAAAGUAUGUAA